AUGGCCGCGCGGCGGACGGAGCUGAACCCGCGGCUGUCGACCGAGACCCCGCUGCUCGAGGAUGCGCGGAGCGCGUUCACGGACAACUCGGCGACCGACGAGCGCGAGGACGAGCUGUGCUCCUUCUCCUGCGGCGCUCUCUGCCGCUGCUUCGGCCUGUGCUGGGUCGCCGACGCGGAGAAGCACGACGCCAUGGAGGCGAACAAGAUGAUCGGCCGGCUCGGCGUCUGGCUCGCGGCGAACACGUUCCUCUUCGCGUGCCAGCGCGUCGCGGUCGCGUGCGGCCUGCCCUACGACGGGCACAAGGGCUGGAAGAACGCGCGCUGGAGCCUCACGGCGCUGAACCACCUGUGCCUGUACGCGUCGGGCGCGGCGGUCUUCGCCCACGCGUUGACGCCCCGGCGCGCGGGGCGGCUCUUCGGGAAGCCGGCGAACUGCGCGGCGUUCCUCGGCGUCGCGCUCGGCGUCGGCGUGCUGUUCUCCAUCGUGUCCGACAUCUCGUCGCUGCGCACGUCGAUCUCGGAAGACGGGUCCUACGACGCGUCCUUCGUGGCGCUGCUCGUCAUCCUCGGCGCCAUCGUGCUCGCGGCGUUCGCGUUCCAGAUCUGGCUCGCGCGCCGGCACGGCGGCGUCGUCCCCUACCUCGCGCCGCGGAUCGCGCUCGUCGUCCUCUACGUGGCCUACUCCUGGGUCCUCGUCAGCGUCGAGCGACAGGAGUGUUUUUUCGCGUGA